AUGCAUAUCUCUGGGACUGAGGCAGUUGAAUUAGCCUCUUAUCAGCUGAAAGAUGUCGCCAUUGCUUGGUACGAGAUAUGGGUGGACUUUAGGGGACAAAAUGCUCCUCCAGCAGUUUGGAAGGAGUUCUCUAAGGCCUUUAUGGAGCACUUUCUUCCACUAGAGUUGGCUAGAUUUGAUCCUGAGAUAGUUAGCACCCAAAAUGAAAGGAUGCAUCGCUUCAUUGGUGGACUUGGGGAUCAUUUGAUUGGCUCUUACACCAUUGCUGCAUUACAUCAGGAUAUGGAUAUUGCAAGACUUAUGGGAGAUGCUAGAGCUUACUCCAGUAGAGGUCCUCCCAGAGAUACUCAAUCACUAGACUGCUCAACUUCUAGUGCCCCAGCUCAGUCAUCGAGACCCAAGAAGGAGCAGACUCAGACCUUGAGGUGUCGAUAUGGAUCUACCGCUUGCUAUGGGUGUGGAGUUGAGGGUCAUAAGAUACAUGAUUGUCCGAAGCUUCGAGUGGAUGUAGGGAGAGAUACAGGCAGGGGUAGAGGAUAUGGUUCUGGAGCUAGCCCAAUUCGGAUGUAUGCACUAGCUGGUCGUCACGAUUCAGAGGCAUCCUCAGAUGUGGUUACAGAACUAGAAAUCGUUGAUUUUGAUGUCAAUAUGGGCAUGGAUUGGUUGUCAUCUUGUUAUGCAACAUUUGAUUGCCGAGCCAAAGUUGGCCGAUUCCAUUUCCCGGGCGAGCCAGUCCUAGAGUGGAAGGGUAAUGCUAUGAUGCCUAGAGUAAGGUUUAUUUCCUAUCUUAAGGCACAAAAGUUUAUAGAAAAAGGGUGUUUAUAUCAUCUUGUCCAUGUAAGAGACCUUCAAGCUGAGAAACAGAUGGUGACUUUUCAUUCUGUGCCCGUUGUGAAUGAAUAUCCAUAUGUGUUUCCUAACGAACUUCCUGGGCUACCUCCAAUUAGAGAGAUUGAUUUUGGUAUUGGCGUAGAUCUCGGUACCCAGCCUAUAUCCAUUCCGCCUUAUAGAAUGGUGCCAGCAGAAUUGAAAGAGCUAAAGGAGCAGCUGAAAGAUUUGCUUGACAAAGGUUUAAUUCGACCUAGCCUAUCGCCUUGGGGUUCUCCAGUACUAUUCGUACGCAAGAAGGAUGGAACGAUGCAGAUGUGUAUAGAUUACAGACAACUUAAUAAAGUGACGAUAAAGAACAAAUAUCCCCUUCCAAGGAUAGAUGAUCUAUUUGAUCAAUUGCAAGGAGCUAAGUGCUUUUCAAAGAUUGACUUGAGAUCCGGAUAUCAUCAGCUAAAGAUUCGAGAAGUAGAUAUUCCCAAAACAACCUUCCGAACGAGAUAUGGACACUUUAAGUUCUUUGUCAUGUCAUUUGGACUAACAAAUUCUCCAGCAGCCUUUAUGGAUAUGAUGAAUAGUGUUUCAAAACCAUUUCUUGAUGACAUCUUGAUAUAUUUGUAUGAUGCCAAAGAACAUGCAAAUCACUUGAGAGUUGUCCUACAAACACUCAGAGAGCACAAACUAUAUGCCAAGUUCUCGAAAUGUGAAUUCUGGAUGAACUCUGUGGCUUUUCUUGGCCAUGUGGUUUCUAGUGAAGGCAUUAGAGUAGACUCCCAAAAGAUUGAGGCGGUAAAGAGUUGGCCUCGACCUACUACUCUGACGGAGGUGCGUAGUUUCUUGGGACUUGCUGGAUAUUACCGCAGGCAGAGAAGGUGGCUAGAGUUGUUGAAGGACUAUGAUGUGAACAUCCUCUACAACCUAGGUAUAGGUAACGUGGUAACAAAUGCUCUUAGUCAACUAUCUAUGGGAAGUCUAGUACAUUUACCAUGUGUACAACAGGAAGUAGUACAAGAUGUUCACAAAUUAGCUUGCCUGGGAGUCCGACUUCUUGAAGCCGAAGAUGGAGGUGUAGUUGUGCAGAAUACUGCCGAAUCAUAUUAG